AUGACCGAACAGGGUAUUAUCAAUAUUCCCAUUCCACACUACCCACAGUUUAAAUUAAGAUCGUCUUUAACCGAUAAGGAUCCUGUGAUAUGGGCCCAUUUUCUUGAAGCAUAUAUCCAAUUACUCGAUUAUACUUUGCAGGAUGGAAUUGCGAAGCUCACAAUUAAAUCUCAGCAACAACUUCUUGUGUUUAUUCGAACUUAUUUGAAAGAGAGCUAUGAAGAAACAGGGAAAAUAUUUUCAUUAGGUGCGAUAAAUCCUGACAUUCAACGCAACGGGGAAAUUUUAAGAGCAAUGGUGUUCAAGGUGGUUAGAGCUUACAGCUUUGUGAGGCUCAGCAUUACCGGCGAGAGUGUUUGGCACUUUGCUUCAUUAUACGCCCCAAAGAAUAUACACACUGUGAGAGGACUCAUCGAUGGCAGUUUCAAGUCCAAGUUGAAUGAUAAUAAAAAGUCAGGUAGUAUAUCAUCAAUUCCAGUAUUGAAGAAAUAUUUAGAGCAAAGAAUUUUACGCGGAGAAUUUCUGGAAAAAGAGGAUUUAUCAACCUUGAGUGUCCUUUUGGGACAACAGAUCACUAGGAGCAUGACAUUUACUAUGGGAUCACAGAUUCUGGUCGCAAGGCAUUCAACAAAAAAUGGCAUCAAUGACAAUGGUAGUAGUAAUGGUAGUGGUGGCGUCAAUAAUACCGGCAAUAGUAGUAACUUGCAAUUUGCCGGGUCUUUUGUGACAUCUGAUUGGGUCGAGUUUCUUGACGGAGCUUAUGCAGAAGGCAAAAGUGUACAUGCCAAUCUUAUCAAAUCGAUUAUGGUGGUUUCGCUUAUAUCGUUAUCACCUGCAAAAUUAGGGAAAUUGUUACAAAAUAUGGGGAUAAACUCGUGGGCAACAUUGGACGUGGCACCUUUACUCGGCUCGCUAUUGACUUCUAGCGCAUUUCAAGAAUUGGUACCACAGAUACGGGAGACAAUUCCAUUUUUGCAACAUGAUGUAACUGAUUUAGUUGACGACCACAACAACAACAGCAGCAGCAGCAACAGCAACAGCAACAGCAACAGCAACAGCAACAACAACAAAAAUGUCGAUGAAAAUAAUAGCUAUGUUAAAGACUACGGGAAAAAUGAACCGAAGGUCAAGAAUGAGGAUAUUUCAGUGUUGAUGGAUCUUUUCCCGGAUUUGGAUGCAAGAAAGGCUAGACAUUUUUUGAAACAAUACAAUAAUGAUUCUGAACUUGUCACUGAUAUCUUACUCGAGAAUCCCGAUCUAAUAAAUCAAGUUACUCUUGACAAGGAUGAGACGGAAGAGGGGGAGCAAGAAGAAGAGCAAGAAGAGGAAAAUUAUGGAAUUGAAAAUAGUAUUGGGACAUCUGAGAUAAGUGCUAAGCAACUUGAAUCGCAAAUUCCUAGAAUCAAUACAACAAAACCUGUUGCAAAAAGAUCUGUUUACGAUGAGGAUGAUAUUUCGCAAGGUAAUUUUGCAAAUACAAAUGUUAUAUUUGGUAAAAAGAAACGCGAAGAGUUGACUGACGCGGAUUCGGACUUGAAAAAGAAGACUUUGAGUAGAGCUCUAAGACUUAUUUACGAAGACGAUGAAGAUGAGCCGGAUGAUACAUACGACGAUCAAGAAAGAACUACUGGCUCCACAUCGGAGUCAUUGCAAUCCCAACCAAAUUCUAAAAGAGUACAACCAGCGGAAGAUGGUAGAAAUCAAACAGGGAAUUCCACAGUGCUAGACGAUAGAGAGCGCUUUUUGUUUAGUGUUUACAAACGCGAUGGCGAAGAUUCCUUCUCUAAAGCAUUCCGCAAAUCGUCGCAACGUCAAAAAUUGAAAAAGGAAACUGGCUGGUCAGAUGAACAAGUUGAAGGGUGGUUACGGAUGUUGCUUAAAUCUCCUCGCCGCUUUAAGAUAUUUGAAGAAGACUAUCUAUAUGGAGGAGGGAACCCGAAUCGCAGAUCAGCGAGAAAUCGAAAUGAGGAAAGAGGAAGUCUGGGAGAGAAAGAAAAGAAAGAGGAUUUGAAAAGUUCAGACAGAAAUAUCAACACCACCCCCAUUACCACUUCCACUUCAAAUGCCAGUAACAAUGCCAGUAACAAUAACAGCAACAACAGUAACAGUAACGGCAAAAACAAGAAGAAUACAAACGCACCUUCUACAUCUUCCUCGAAAGUAGAGUCUAAACGAAAGCAAGCUCGCGGGGAAAAGAAUAAAGCCCUGGCGGCGAACCACAGCAGGAAAUCACAACAUGACAAGAAAUCAAAACAGGCUUUAAUAGGCAUGCAAUCAUCUAGUUGA